UUAUUAUUUCUUUUCCGUUUUUUAUUAAUUUUGCGUGUAGUUUUUUCUCGUUUUUAAAAAAUAUUAAAAUAUUGUUAAUACAAAUUUGAACAAAUGGUUAUGGUUACAGCAAGAUAAAAUUAUAGAAAAUGAGUUAUUAUCCAAAUUACUAUUCGGUUGAUGAUAUUUUAGUAACUCACGAAAGAGUGCCUUGUAAUGUUAAUACAAAACUUUUAAAAAUGGGAUUUCUUGAUCCAGGAUCUGAAACUAGUGAUUUAGAGCCAGGAAAAAGUGUUAAUUUACCCUUAUGGUAUUUAAAAGAACUAAAACCAAAUAAUCCAUAUUUUAGUGUUCAAGUACCAGAAAUUUACAAAAACGUCCAUAAAGCGGUGUGUGAAGCUGAUGCUACAAAUAUAGAAUUGGGAAAAUUACAUCAAUAUUUUUACGAAUAUGGGAGACAUAUAACACCUUAUGAUAGAAAUCAUAUUGUCGGGAAAAUUGUUUUCGAGAGUAUGCGUCAAAGAGUUCAACAUUUGUUGGAAAUUUGUAAAAGCACAACAGUAGACGAAAAGCCUGAACUUAAAUUAGAAACACUAGAAAAUGGUUUAUAUGAUCAAGGAGUUCGUACAAAUACUAUGUUUAAAGAUUGGCUUCAAUUCAAAACUUCUAGUAUUUCUGCUAGCGGAUUAGUACAAGAAUAUGCUAAAAAGAGAAAACGUGAUGCUAUGAGUGACAAUGAAGAUGAAGAAAAUGGUGGGCCUGCGAAGCGACAAACAAUUUAAAAGAUGUCCUUAAAAUGGAAAAGAAAAUAGCAUUUAGAAAUAAAGUGUGAAAAUCGCAUGAAUAUUCUAUGGUCAAAUUGCUAAUUUCAAGAUAUACGGAAAGUUUUGCAAGUUUUUAUUUAACAUAAUGAUUGUAAAAAUUGCUAAGUGUUGAAUUCAAUAGUUCCUCAAUAAUUGUAGACCAAAAAAGACAACAAUAAUGUAGGCAACUGAGAUGUAAUCUAUAAUUCUUUGCUCUAAUAUAAAUGUGUAUGACUGAAAUAAAUAAGAGACUUAAAUGAAACAAUAGAAUUGGUAAUUAAAAUUUUUUAAUAUUUUUGUGUUCAUUACUGUUUUUUUUUUUUAUAUCUCCUUUAUAUAAAUUUUUUUCUCUCCUUUUUAUAAAUUUUUGUCCUUCAAUAAAAUAAAAAUUUUUAUAAUUUUACUAUUAAAAUCUUUUUAUCCCUUAAUAAUUAUUUUUUUUAACUUUUAAAUUUUUCGUUUUUUUUCCUACAAAAAAAUAUUUUCCAUUUUUUUUAAUGUACAA